UAUAAAAGGGGAGUGAGACUGUGAGAGAGGGAACGAAGCAAGAACGGAAAGGGUUUUUGUGUUGGUUGUGUUGUGUAGUGUGUGAGAGAUAAGACUCUGGCUCUGCGACCCACUCACUCGCUUUAUUUGUGUUAAUCUAUCAUCAUCGUCAUUCAGCAGUGAUGGCAGCGUCUCUGGGCGUGUUUUCCGGAAUGAGCUUCGUGGCGGCUGAGGCGCCUUCAGGAAGCCUCUUCAGGUCUGUGGCUGUGGCUGUUCAUGUCCCGCCGAAGGGGGGAAGGGUGCUGGGGGCUGUGCGAGCGGUGACGUCGGCGACGGUGUCGGAGACUCCUUCGAGCCCUAAGGUAAGGGGCAUAAUGAAGCCCCGCAAAAUCUCUCCGGAGAUGCAAGCCAUCUGCGGCGUCUCCGAGAUUUCUCGAACCCAGGCUCUCAAGCAGAUUUGGGCCUACAUCAAGGAAAACAAUCUUCAGGUCCUUUUCUUCUUCUUUUGGCUUCCAUGGACCAUGAUAACUGGAUAAGGAUCCUGAAAACAAGAAGAUCAUAAUUUGUGAUGAAAAGCUGAAGAAGAUAUUUGCUGAGAGAGAUCAAGUUGGCAUGCUUGAGAUUGCUGGAUUAAUUAGCCCACACUUUCUUAAAUGAUAGCACUAUAGCAGGAAGUUGGACUAGAUUAGGUCCCAUGUAUGCGAAUCACUCAUCAUGUUUUGGUUUGUGAAACAGUUAUGUUUACCUUGUCCUGCAACAUAGAAGAUGUCAUAGUGUUUUUAGUAGUUGGGAUUACAGAAUUAGCAUUCCCCAAGAGUUAAACUUUGAAUGUUGUAGGCUCUUCAAGAGCGUUAGUGGGCUACCGUUAGGAUUUUAUUCGACAUUUUGGGAUCUUUUAUAUUAUGGUGCUAUCUAUAUUGCAGAUAUCGUUAUUAUAA